AUGUCCCUGCCCGUGGUCCUCCCGGGCUCCUGCUGCCCGGUGGCCGGACUGUCGGGCGCCUCCCAGGCCGGAGCUCCGGGGGCCGCGGCCGCCGCCGCCCAGGAGCCGCCGCUGCCCCCGCUGCGGCCGCGCUGGCACCGGGCCGGGGUGCAGCCCCCCGGGGCUCGGCCUCGCUGCGCCGCUGCGGCCGCCGCCUCCGGGGUGCUGGUCGCGCCGCCCGCGCUGGCUUCCCGCCGGGCGGUGACCGCCGCCGCCGCCGCCCCGGGAUCGCCGCUGCUGCCCGCUCGUCCGCUGCUGUCGCUCGGGCUGCUGCAGCUGAUCCUCGGGUGCUGCAUGGUGGCGCUCAGUUUCGGGGCGCUGUCGCUGAGCGGCUCCCCGCAGGUUAAGAACUCGUGUCCGUUCUGGGCCGGCUCCUCGGUGAUACUCUCUGGAAUCAUCGGAUUAACAACUUGGAAACGGCCUAUGAUACUCCUGGUCAACCUCUUUGUGCUGCUCUCUGUAGUUUGUGUCCUUUUAAAUUUAGCUGGAUUCAUCCUUGGCUGCCAAGGAGCCCAGUUUGUGUCCAGCGUGCCCAGAUGUGACCUGGUGGACUUAGGUGAAGGCAAGAUUUGCUUCUGUUGUGAAGAAUUUCAACCAACCAAAUGCACGGACAAAGAAAAUGCCUUGAAACUCUUUCCAGUUCAGCCUUGUAGCGCUGUCCACCUCCUGCUUAAGAAAGUUCUUUUUGCACUGUGUGCCUUGAAUGCCCUGACCACCACGGUCUGCUUGGUGGCCGCUGCCCUUCGCUACCUCCAGAUUUUUGCAGCCAGGAGAUCCUGCAUCGAUGAAUCCCAGAUUUCUGCUGAAGAAGCAGAAGAACAUGGACAUCUACCAGACCCUGAUGACUUUGUGCCACCAGCACCCCCACCUUCCUACUUCGCCACCUUCUACUCCUGUACUCCCCGGAUGAACCGAAGGAUGGUUGGUCCCGAUGUCAUUCCCCUCCCACACAUCUAUGGUGCACGAAUCAAAGGAGUAGAAGUGUUCUGUCCUCUGGAUCCCCCACCUCCCUACGAAGCUGUGGUGAGCCAAGAGGACCAGGAUCAGGGAUCCCCGUGCCAAAGGCCAGAAGGAUCCGAAGCUGCAUCGUGCCUGUUGGAGGUCUGCACAUCGGUGGCUCAAGGUGGGGAUAGUCCUCGUGCCCUGGAAGAAGAAAACUCAUCUCUUGACACUCCCAGUGCCAAUCAGCGACAUCCUUCGAGAGUUGGGAGAGCCCUCCGCCCCCUGUGGACGAGAUCAAAGAGUGACCCUAUGCUCCAUCAUUCCGUGGAGAAAGCCACCCCUGUGCUCAGCUGCGAGGCUGCCACUCAGACGGAGGGCCGACUGGAUCUGUCUGCCGUGACCCUGCGCAGAGGCUUGCGAACUCGAGCUUCGAGAUGCCGGCCCCGGUCUUUAAUCGAUUACAAAUCUUACAUGGACACCAAGCUGCUAGUGGCACGCUUCCUGGAGCAGUCCUCCUGCACCAUGACACCAGACAUCCACGAACUGGUGGAAAACAUCAAAUCUGUUUUGAAGUCAGAUGAAGAGCACAUGGAGGAAGCUAUCACCAGUGCCAGUUUCCUGGAACAGAUAAUGUCCCCAGCACAGCCUGGCAUGUCCCGGCGCCCUCUGCCACACUCUCGGAGACAGCCUGGCUUGUUGUACCUGAGCAGCUGUGGAGACCUCAGUACCUUCGUACCUGUCGGGAGACCCCAAACCCAGAGGAGACCCCGGCGGGCUGACGCGGAGCGGCCACACAGCCUCAUUGGGGUGGUCAGGGAGACUGUGCUGUGAACCCAGGGGCCAUGUAUCCUGUUGGCCCAAGGACAGGCAGGCUGGAAAGUGAAGGCCCUGUGCAGGGAUGGAUUCCAUUCAUCCUUCUAAAGAACAUUUGCUCUUGCCUGUUGGUGCCCCUUUCUGAGGGCAUAAGGGGUCAAUUCAUACCUGCUUUCAGACUCACUGGGUUUGGAUAUGGGAGGUGGUAGCUAAGAGCUAGUGCCCUCUCUCUCUGCCAGGUCCUAUGCGGGGCCAAUGCCUGCCUUACCCCUAGAGGCUCUCCUCCUUUUCCUCCUACUCUUCUUCUUUCUCUCCACCUUCCCUC